ACUGGCAGAACAGAAACUACAGAGCCAGACUGAGGACAGUAGUAUGAAGCUGGAGCAACUGGAUCAGAUGUUGAAAAAGAAGGACAUGCUGUUCAAGGAGAGCACCGCAGACAAGGAGAUACAGCUGACGAACUACAAACUCACAGUAGAGAAGCUAAUGUCUUACAUCACCAUCAAUGAACAGAUGUUCAAGGAGUUGAGAGAACAUCAUAGCCAGAUUCUGGCCAAACAUACGCUGGAGCUUGAGGACUAUGGGAAGUGGCAGGAGCAGCUAUCCACAGCACAGAUUCAGAUCUCUGCCUCCCUGCAAGAGAAGUGCUCAGAGUGCCUGGAGCAUUUUGCAGUCCAAAGGGAAGGGGGGGAGAACUAAUCCCUGUCAGAGAGAGACUCUGGACCCUGACAACCACACCAUCCCAGAGAACAGUGAAGUUCCUGCAACUGAGGCUGGCCCGACCAAGUGUGAGAGCUGUCUCCAACUUUUGCAGAGGGAGAAUGGCAGUCUGCUGGACAGACUGAGGGCUAGCAAGCGCCUCAACAAGACCCUGCGCAGCCAGCUGGACCUGUGCAGAUCCAUUAUGGCUCAGAGAGAGGGGGGUGAUGGACGAUGUUUCUCCCCCUCCAACUCACUCACAGUGGAAGAAGAAAUGAAGGAGCAGCUGCAGGAGAUCUUGAGGCUGAGACAGAGUCUGAAGGAGAGCAUUCAGGCAAACGGGAGGCUCCAGGAGCAUCUGAAGAACCAUAAGGCCCAGCAGGCAGGGACAGAGAUGGGCCAGAACCACCCAGGCGUGCAUGCUGAGUCAGAGAGACUGAAGGCGUCUCUGGUUGAGACAGCCUGUGAGCUCACACAGCUCCAGAGAGAGAGUGACAUGCUGAGGGAGGAGAGAGAGAGGCUGACAGAGAAGCUCGCACGCUCUGAGGACAACAACAGGAGCCUGGAAGGCUCACUUAGCUCCACACAGGAAGAGAUAGACAGGUUGAAGGGAGAACUCGAUGCCUAUCAAAAACAGCUCCUCAAGUCAUUUUGUGAGGAGAUGCAGGGGUCCGAGCAGACGAGGACAGCUGCAGUCAACUCCACUGGUAAUGUAUACAAGAAGGUCCCUCACUUCUUCUCUCCAUCUACAGUUAUUCUUGCUAGAUGUGAUGUUGAUUCUGUUGAGUUGCUACACUUUCAUCCAACAUCAGAGUUUGGAGGCGGUCUCCCGGACAACCCCAAGCUAAAUCAACUCCUCUCUGAGAUCCAGCGAAUCAGAGCACAGCUUGCCGAUAAGGAUACAAUACAGACUAAAGCCACAGAGGAGAAACACCCUGAGCAUUCUGGUUGGCCAGAGUGCCCUCCAAUGAUCAUCAACAUCAACUAUGUGGAGUGUGGAGCAUCCAGGCAUUCAAGCAGGAGCAGUCCUUCAGGGAGAAGAGAUCAUGCCAAGAAGGACAAUGACAACCUCUCACAAAGCAGCCUUACCUCCAGCAUAGAUGACUCGGUCCCAUCCUUAUUGAACAGUAGCCUAUCCCCACUGUGGGCAAAUGACAAGAGCCCUAAUGUCACUGGCCAGGAAGAUAAUUGCAUCAACAUGCAGAGACUGAUAUCAGAAGGGAAGACAAUGACCAAUAAGAUGAGUAGGCUACUACAGGGGUGCCACAACAACAACUCCAAUCCCACGUCACAGUCAGCAUUUGAUGUCACUCCGAUUCAGGUGGACCAGAAGUACAUCAAGCAUCUCUCAUCUACCAUCGGUGCCUGUCAUCUUCUGAGGCUCCAAGAGAGGCGUUCUCAGAGUGACUCUGUGAAUUUCUCCCAGAGCCAAGAGAAUUUCUACUUGGAAAAUCUGAAACUGAAGAAUAAAAUUGAGAUAAUGAAGAGGGAGCAAUCUCAAAACAAGAAGAUGCUUUCUGAGGCUGUCAAACGACUGAGAAGAGUGAACCUGGGGAAAGUAGGGAGAGUGAGUGAAUAGCAGCAAAUGAUCAUCAUUCCACUAAGCCAAUCUUUGUUUCAUGGAUUCAAAUAGAAAGAAUUGGAGCUUCCC